AUGGGGUUGGAUCGUCUGUUUUCAGCCAAAGAUGUGGGACAGAAAACAGCGGCACAGGCUUUGAUAGACACUCAAAAUUGGCUUCAUACCAAUUCUCGAGACCUUCUUGACGAGAGCGAUGAACUUCUGCACAUUCGCUACCAGCUCAUCUACACCAUGGGGCAACAGAAGCCACUCGAAAAUCAUCCAGACCGGUGGACGACAAUACAGCAAGUGUUCUCCUUGGUAAAGCAUAUCGCCGUCACCCUCAAGCAGGAAUUUCCUGAAGAGAUGGAGCUGAAUAUGGGUUCUGAGAAUAGUUUUCCCGUGAUUCGCAUCGUCGGUGCUAGCGCUUCCAAGGCACUCGUCUCAACCAUCGAUCGCAUGGCGCUAGAUGGAGAGAUUCCGAAUCUUGGGCUUGCUCUUCUACCUGCCACAGCCCGCGCAGCUACUUUUCGCUUUCUUACUGAGGUCAACGUCGAUCAGCAGGAAUAUCUUGUGGUCGAAGACCACUGCAGCGGCAGUGAUAUCUGGAAAGGGCUGCUUCUCCUGCGAGGCCACAUUCUUUUGUAUGUUCUGAAGGAUAAGCGCUGGCGAGUGGAUUAUGGUCUCGAUCCAAGUCGAUCUCUUUUUGCGGUGCCUUACCGAGCAAAGGAUGUUUCGAGCCCGCGGGCAGAGUUUGGGCAUCCCGACGUUGCUAUUUUGCUCACAUGCCCGAGCUAUUACCACGGCGGCCAGAGUGAUCAUCAACUCCACCAGUCUUUUCAACUUCUUUACCAAGGAGACAACCCUGCUCUCGAGUAUGAGGUAUGGAUACACUGCGGCGACAAAAUUCUGCUCAGUCUGCGGCGGCUUGACGGGGUCAAUACGCAAGACAAGGGACAAUUUAAACACUCCAUCUUCCCUGCCCUUUGUAGAAAUCACGGCUUCAGCGGAACGAAUGAUAACCGCUAUCUACUCCCUACAUCGAUUGAGCAGCGCGAUCCAGUCCAGCAACUCAGCACAAAUGCACAGGUGCUCAUGUACCUCCUGCAGCCGGAGAAUGACUACUACUGCUGCACCCACGGUUCUGAUGACAAGCCAUGUUCGGCGACAGAUUUUCUCGAGACGCUAGUGCAUCAAAUGCCAGAAAUUCGGGUUCUUCUAGACGUGGGAGCGCAGAUGCUGGAGCUCCAAAACCGUGAAUUGGCGAGUCACUGGCUGUCAUUGAGGACGGACGUUUCGGCUGCCGUAUUUUUCGACGAGGCGGAUCAUCUUAUCGUACUCACACUGGAUGGCAUGACAGAAUCAUUUAUCUCCUCCCCAUUCAACCGACAGCUCGAUAAGUGUAUUGUGUACUUAGACGACGCGCAUACAAGAGGGACAGACCUCAGGCUUCCCAAAAACAUUCGGGCGGUCGUCACGCUAGGCCCAAAGGUGACCAAGGACAGGCUGAUUCAGGGAUGCAUGCGCAUGCGAAAGCUUGGGAACGGACAAUCCGUGAUGUUUUUUUGCGCCACUGGAGGUCGAUAG